AUGCGGUGUGCCCAUAUCUUGCGCUUCAUCGAGACAGCCAUACAUGAACUUAUUGGCCACGGAACUGGAAAACUGCUAGCCGAGACUGCCGCAGGUAACUUCAACUUUGAUCAUAAGAACCCGCCGAUUAGUCCAGUCACAGGCCGGCCCGUACAGACUUGGUAUGGACCGGGAGAGACGUGGAAUAGUGUGUUUGGAAAAUUGGCCCCGACGGUGGAAGAGUGCAGAGCUUUCCUAGUCGCGAACUAUCUGGCUGACAACAGGGAUAUUCUCGUCCUGUUUAGAUAUGAUCAGAAUAGUACCCCGACAGCAGAUGACCUCAUAUAUUACACAUACGUCCAAAUCGGAGUGGGCCUUCGAGCACUUCAUAGCUUCAAGGUCGAAGACCAGGUCUGGGGAGGUGAUCAUGACCAGGACGGAGAUGGUACGCUGUGGGUAGAGCACGACCCCAUUGCCAAAAGGCUCUUCAUUCACGUCGACCGCUCUAAAGUCGUCUCCCACGGCAAACCCUCGAUUGGGCGUAUGCUGUGCAGGAUCCAUAUAUGGCACUCUACGGCCGAUGUUGAUGCAUGCCGCCCCUUCUAUGAGGAUUUGAGUGCCGUUGAUGGUGAAUACGAGAUUUGGAGGCAAAUUGUGGUCUCGAACCCGGAGCCGAUGUGGAAGUUCGUGCAACCCAACACGUUUCUGAAAGAUGAUGGCACGGUUGAGCUAAGGGAAUACGAGGCGAACAAUGUAGGGAUCAUCCAAUCGUUUUUUGAACGGAGGAUUUGA